AUGGCAUCAUCAUUUGUGGGUACUUCGUUUCCCAACCACUUCUCACAAACCAAACACUCAUCUGUUCCUGUAAGCAGAGCAGUUCCAACAGGGAGGAGAGUGCACUUAACAACAAGAGCAGAGAGCAUGACUACUGUCAUUGAGAAACUUGGCAUCAAGAUUGAGAGGAACCCUCCUGAAUCCAAGCUCACUCAACUGGGUGUUAGAAAAUGGCCUAAAUGGGGAUGCCCUCCAAGCAAAUUCCCAUGGACAUAUGAAGCCAAAGAGACUUGCUAUCUUCUGGAAGGAAAAGUGAAGGUCUUUCCUAGUGGGUCAAAUGAAUCAGUUGAAAUUGCUGCUGGGGACUUGGUUGUGUUUCCCAAAGGAAUGAGCUGCACUUGGGAUGUGUCUGUUGGUGUGGACAAGCACUAUAAUUUUGAAUAA